CUUCGUCGGUCAUGACAUGUCGUGUCAACAUCGAUGAAACGUGGCGUGGAGUGGCCACGUGGUGGGGCGCCUAGAGUGGUGUUUGGGUGCCUAAUCAUCCUUGGCCCAGGCGGAGAGUAUGCCCCGCUCCACUGCACAUUGUCAUCGAUCAUCGACACCAUCAUCGUUGAGCCCAGUGAUACAGCGUCAGCACUCCCACUCGAUGCGUCACGACGACUUGCAUACAGCAACGACCGGCGGCCGGCGACUGACUUUGCUAGACGUGUCAGCGUGCCAGGCAGGCUGCGACAAGCCUUCUAUCGGGCCUCUACAAUCCGUUUCGCCGUCGAUGAUAUCAUCACCCUGCUCCAUUCGGGUGUCCUCCCACGUCUAGCGGGGUGAUUAAGCGACCCAAUGCCGGAGCGCGCAGUGGCGAGCAUCCGUCGCCCAAACCCUGGGUGUGCAUAGGUGGAGCGGCACGGCACAUCGAGGUGUGCACAG